AUGCCUACUAACUGGAACGACAUCAAAGUCAUUGAAGGUGUCCUUGUGGCAUACCUUGCUGCCAACGACAACAAGAUCGACCUUCGCAAAGUCGCGCGACUUUAUGGCAACAGCAUGACCUUUGAUGCCCUCGCGUGCCAUUUUAAAGCUUGGAAGAAGCAGGCUACAGCUCUCAAGGCCGCAGCUGUAGAUAACACUGUCGCUACUCCCAAGAAGCUGCGUGCCAAGAAUAGCAGCAGCCCUACAAAGAACACUAGCUGCAGUGCUUCCAAGAAGACUGACAAGGUCCAAGCUGGUCGAGUGAGCAAGAACAAGUCAGUUGGAAGCGGCAACGUCAAGAUGGAGGAUCUUAGCGAUAACAUCCAUGUCAUGAUCGAUUCCGAAGAUCAGUUUGAGUGCAUCUAA